GAACGAAGAGGACGUCAACGAAAACCACAAGCACACACGCGCAGAACCACGGCUCACGCAGACCACACCUUGGUGGAUACCGGCAGGCAGGCUCCUCCCAUGGCUGCGCAUCACCAAAAAGGAACGAAUUCGUGUGUCACGCGGAUUCCAUGGCAACGGGGAAUGGCCACUUACAUAUACAGCGAUGCCGGUCGUAGCAGGAACAAGUACGGGAAGCUCAGAUAAAGAAAAUCAAGAACCGUAUGCACACCAUGCUCGCGACCACGCCGUCGUCGUCGAGGGUCAAGGUACAGCCAUGGGGGAGAAGAGCGACAUCACCUGCUCUUCUUCCACCGGCGGCCACCGGCCGGAUCCUCGUCGAUCCCGGGAGGACGCUUCCCUCCCCUCCUCCUCUACGAGCUGUCGCAUCCGAGAGUGCGCAGACCUCUCGUGCACCACAGCCACAGCCUCCGCCAUUGGAUGUGAACGAGGAGAAGAUGCUAGCCAACUACGUCCCGGUGUUCGUCAUGCUCCCCCUAGGUGCGAUCACCGCUGAGAACAAGGUGGAGGACGCGGAGUGUCUGAGGGCGCAGCUGCGGCGGCUGAGGGAGGCCGGCGUGGACGGCGUCAUGGCGGACGUGUGGUGGGGCAUCGUGGAGGGCGCCGGGCCGGCGCGGUACGAGUGGCGCGCGUACAGGGAGCUCUUCCGGCUGGCGCAGGAGGAAGGCCUGAAGCUGCAGGUCAUCAUGUCGUUCCACGCGUGCGGCGGCAACAUCGGCGACGCCGUGAACAUCCCGAUACCGGCGUGGGUCCGCGACGUCGGCGAGGCGGACCCGGACGUGUACUACACUAGCCCCGGCGGGGCCAGGAACCAGGAGUACCUCACCAUCGGUGUGGACGAUCGGCCCUUGUUCCACGGCAGAACCGCCAUCCAGCUCUACGCCGAUUUCAUGGAGAGCUUCAGAGAGAACAUGGCGGAUUUCUUGGAGUCCGGCCUGAUCGUGGACAUAGAGGUUGGGCUUGGCCCUGCCGGCGAGCUGAGGUACCCGUCCUACCCGGAGAGCCAGGGGUGGGCGUUCCCCGGCAUCGGGCAGUUCCAAUGCUACGACAAGUACCUAGAGGAGGAUUUCAGAGCGGCAGCGACGGAUGCCGGACACCCGGAGUGGGAGCUCCCUGACGACGCCGGGGAAUACAACGACGGCCCCGACGACACGCGGUUCUUCACGGCCGACGGCGCCGGCGCGACGUACCUCACCGAGAAGGGGAGGUUCUUCCUCGCAUGGUACUCCGGCAAGCUGAUCGAGCACGGCGACAGGAUAUUGGACGAAGCCAACAGGGUCUUCCUGGGCUGCACCGUCAAGCUCGCCGCAAAGGUGUCGGGGAUACACUGGUGGUACAGGCACCCGAGCCACGCCGCGGAGCUCACCGCCGGGUACUACAACCUGGACGGCCGGGACGGCUACCGGCCGAUUGCGCGCAUGCUGGCGCGGCACGACGGCGCCGUCCUCAACUUCACAUGCGCGGAGAUGCGGAACUCGGAGCAGGCCGAGGAGGCCAUGAGCGCCCCGGAGGAGCUCGUUCAGCAGGUGCUGAGCGCCGGGUGGAGAGAGGGGAUCGAUGUGGCGUGCGAGAACGCGCUGCCCAGGUACGACCGGCGGGCGUACAACCAGAUGCUGAAGAACGCGCGGCCCAACGGCGUCGACCUCGGCGGCGGCGUCCCGGCGCGCCGGGUCGCCGCGGUCACGUACCUCAGGCUCACGGACGAGCUCCUCGCCGGGAACAAGUACCGGGCCUUCAAGACGUUCGUCAGGAAAAUGCACGCCGAUCAGGAAUACUGUCCCGACCCAGCCCAGUACCACCGGCCCCUGAAGCCUCUGGAGCGGUCGAGGGCGGCGGUACCCAUGGACCGGCUGCUGGACGCGACGUCGCAGGAGGAGCCGUACCCGUUCGAUCCCGAGACGGACAUGAGCGUCGGCGGCGACCUCGCGGGGCUCAUCGACUGGGUGUUCGACAAGAUCGAAUGGAUAUUCAGUUGAAAAUGCUGCUCUUCUUGCCCCACCCCGGCAAAUCGGAUCGGUACACGCACGCUUGUCGUAACUAGGUCGUCUCUCACGAAAAAGAAUAAGCCGACACAUUCAUGGGAUAGUAAUAACAUUCAAGAGUAUAAUCGAAGGCGUUUACAUA